AUGCCACGACCAUUAAAUGAAUUUACUCGACAUUUAUAUCAACUUAUAAAGCAAGUACAUAAUAACAGUGACGAUUAUUCACCUACAUCUUCAUCAAUAACAACAGUGGGGAAUAUUACACCUGAAGUUCUUUCAAAUUAUAAUCAACAAAUAAUCGAUUAUGAAAAUAUGCUAUUAUCAACUCUUGGUUUUUGUCUUAAUGUUGAGCAACCAUAUAUGAUUAUAACGAGAACUUCUCAAACAUUAUCAAUACCAAAGGAAAUAGCUCAAAAAGCUUGUGAAAUUGCUACAAAAUCUAUUUUUUUUACUCUUUUUUCAAUGAAAUAUACAACCAAUUUAAUUGCCUGUUUUGCACUUUAUUUGGCUAUAAAAUCAUCUCCAAUAAAUAUACCGGAUAAUCAAGAUGGUAGCCAAUGGUUUCAUUUGCUUAACGAAGAAUUUACUGAAAAAUUACUUCAAGAACUUACCGAUGAAUAUCAAUUAAUUUGUAUGGAAAAAUCUUCAAAAAAAUCUCAAGAACGUUUCGAACAAAUUCGAAAACAAACAAAAGUCAAUUGUCAACAAUUCAAAUCAAAACCAAAUUGUGAACAAUCAAAUUCAACAACAUCUCUUCAUGAUAAUGAGCAACAUCAUUAUCCAAUAGCAACAACAAGUGGUUCAGUACGAAGUACAACAUCUUCUUCAUCAUCAAUUCAACAACAACAAUCGAAUUUCUCUGAAUAUGGGUCGAUUUCUGCAUCAAUAGAAACUCAUCAUCAUACACCAAAUCAAUCAUCUUUAAUAAAUUUUUCUCAUAGUAAUUAUUCACCAUUGACUGGAACAAUUGUUCAUUCACCAACAACAUCAUCAUUCACGUUUUCUGCUCCUACUUUCAAAUAUCCAUCUUCAUCUCCAACUCAACAUGUUUUUCAUCCACCUCCACCACCAUUACAUGCUCAACAUUUUCAUCGUCAAUAUUCUUCAAAUUAUGUUAAUACUUCUGCAUAUUAUCCUCAGCAACAAACACCUGUUUUUUAUCAUCCACAACAAGAUCCAUCGAAUAUAAAUAAUAAACGAUAUGGUGAACCUCCUGCACCACCUACGAAACGUUUUCGAUAUAAUAUAAAUACAUAUCAACAUUAUUAA